UUCACAAACGUUAACUGAAGGAGUGGGUUAAUGUCAUCACAGAUGAAAGGGACCUCUAAACUUAACGACGAAAAUCUAUUAAAGAUUGAAAAAACGGAAACACUGUACUAAACAGGGACCCGGGUCAGGAAGUACCGAUAGACAAGCGGAGAACAGAACAUUCGCUUGACAGAACCGAAACCAGGGAAAACAACGCAGCUACGUGGCUUUAAUUAAUGAAGUUUCUUCCUCCAAAUAAGACUUUUUAACGGAUAAUAGUCUAGUUCAGUAUGCUGCAAACGGGUCAAACUGGAGAACUACUGACCUCACCUCCAGUGUGUCCUUCUGAAACUUCAGACAGACCAGGACGAGAUGUUCUAAACACCAGUUUAACCAUUCCACCGUCAGAGAAAGAUUUCAAGCCUAUCCGGUUUGUCCAAGAGAACGGACGGGUCAAACGGCCAAUGAAUGCCUUUUUAGUGUGGGCUCGCAUCCACAGAGAGGUCGUGCAAAAAUCCUUCCCAGGAAGUACCAGCAAUUACAUCAGUGUUCAACUUGGCAAUGAGUGGUUUAAGCUCAAUGAGGAGCAGAAGAGGCCCUACUAUGAAGUAGCUGAGAAGCUGAAGAAGAUGCACAGGCAGCAGUUCCCUGAUUACGAAUAUCACCCCAGGAGGACAAAAUACAGAAGGCAAGCCUUAGAGGAGAAAUAUGGCCCAACAUCAGGACAACAGCAGAGCUCAAAUAUUCCCUUUAUGGUCUCACAAACAAUGCCUUCAUAUGACCCAUACUUCCUGGACCCUGUUCCCUUAGGUUCAUCUUUUGUGCCUUAUUUAUGCUGCUGGGAUCCCUGUUCACCUUUUAACCCCUAUCAUCCGGAAGCCCUCUACCCCACGGGCCAGAGCCAGAGUUUAAGCCCCCUAUUUGUCGGGAGCAGGAUGGAGACGGCAAACAAUGAUCACAGUCAGGUGGAGCUCAUAGCCUGUCUCCCUGUGAUGGGCUUUGUGCAGCAGAAUCAUUAUCCAGCUGGUUUUUAGUAAGAAGUGAUGGUGGCUCUAACAUAAUUUCAGUGUUGUCUUUGAACAAUGUCUGGCGUUUACAAGCCAGCAUAUUGAUGAUGCGGGCAGAGACACACUGGCACCACUAAUUAAAUAAAAUGUUCUCUAUUA